AUGCAAAGGCUUAUUUUAUUAGCUGGUCUUUUGGCCCUAAGUUUUGGAGCAGUCCAAAUUCCAGUCUACAGACUCAUCCAAUACGAAUACGAAGGCACUCAUCUCGGUUCCCAAGUAAGCUCCAUAAACUAUCUUGGGGCUCACUAUGAGAACACUCAAGAAAUCCCACGAAAAAUCACCAUGAUCCACAUAUCAAAUCUCUCAAUUGAAUCCUUAGAAACCCUUCUAGGCCAUAAGCCAAGCGCAGUUCUUAUCAUCCUUACACAAUCUCAUCCUCAAGGCUUAAAGGAGCUUGAAAGCUACCUCGGGACCAACUCAUUCCCAUUCCCCAUCUAUUUUACAUACGAAACACCAGAAGUGAUGGACAUUUACAACUACUUGCAGCAGCAAAAAGGCGAUCAAGGCAGCGACAUUGAUCAGCUUCAGUUUUCACUAAGCACUGAUGAGAAGCCAGCCGCUAAAGGCCUGGCACAAGAAAAUUACUACGGCUUCGUCUAUGAAUAUUCCGAAGCUCUCCCUACAAUUGCUUUAGUGACUUAUUAUGACGCCUUCUCAAUUGUCCCUGAGCUUUCCCAAGGAAUGGACGCAAAUGGCAGCGGAGUCAUUACCAUCUUAGAACUCACAAAGUAUUUCAGAAAAUUAUUCAGCACAUCCCCUCCAGCUUAUAAUUUAUUGCUUGUUUUGACCUCAACUGGGACUCUAAACUUCCAAGGCCUCAGAAACUGGCUUGAUUCAGAAGAUGCAGAGCUGCAACAAAUAAUUGGGAAUAUCAAAUUCGCGCUUUGUUUGGAUACUCUUGGCAAAGGAAGUGACCUGACUUUCCACGUGUCAAGAUUCCCUAGCAAAGAAAAUGAAGCUGAUAUUGCAAAGCUGUAUGCAGAUUUUAACAAGACUUCUAGCAUCACUGGAACUGCGCUUAACUAUAUGAAGAAAAAAAUCAACAUGGCUGAUUCUUUUAUCCCAUGGCAGCAUGAAAACUUUGCAAAGAAAAAAGUUCUGUCAGCGACUCUUUCACAUCUACCUGCAGCAAGCACAAGUUUUAUUGACAGAAGCUCUCUAUAUGAUAAUAAAGAAAAUAUUGAUAUUGAUGCAAUUGAAAGAAAUAUAAGGUUUAUCGCAGAAAGCUUGACUAGGUUUUUGUAUAGCAGAGAUGACGGAAAUUUGGUGGUUUAUAACAAAGCUGAGCUGACUUCUAAAGAAAGCAUAGGAUUUUGGGUGGAAAAAUUAGGCAACUAUACAAGAUUUACUACCAAGUUGGCACCUGGGGCUGAAUUUCCAAAGCUUUUGAAGGAGACACUCAAUGAGCUUACAAACAGCACUUUUAAGGUCCAGAAAUACCCAGUCACUGACUAUACACUUUAUAAUACCAAAGGAGAAAAUUUGAGCGUUUAUAAAGUGAAGCCUGCAAUCCUUGACCUUUAUAUAUUUUUGGGGAUUUUUGGGUACAUAAUUGUGCUAUGGGGAGUUAUUAAGGCAUUUGGAAAACCAUUUGUGAGUAAAGGAGAAGCAAAACGCAAGACAAAAUAG